CCCGCGUCGUGACGUGAAUACAGCCAUUCCUCCUUAUCACUGAAAGUCACUGCCAGACCAGACACUUAUCCUUGCGCAUCUCACUUCACUGCGGGCUGUAACAGUCGCAUGACCACCAGGGGGCAAGAAGCAGGCACGACUAAUUAACUGUAGCGAUCGUGGAAUUGUUGCUAUCAUACUUCAGCGAGCCUGGGUACAGGCGCUCCGUUUUCAUCUGCCGGGUGAUACGAUUGUGAUCUAUUUUUUGAUCCGUUCUUGCUGAAAGAAGUCUUUUACUUGACCACGAAUGCGACCGCCUAAGGGCCAUCAGCAAGCAAACUUCUCACCAUGAACACCAAGAAUAUUAUGUUCAGCAUCUUUCCCUCUCUGUGCUUGGGCAGCGACGCGUGCUAAGAUGACCGUGUGGCCAUAGCACUCCUUCACUACCAGCCAGUAACGCAAUCUGUAGCGUCAUUCAUUAAAGGACAUCUGGGAAGUACUUCAUGAUCAGUGCACAUGUGCUAAGUCCCAAAGAGUCUCUGGUGUUGGAAAUCUAAAUCUCAAUUUAAAAAGAUAAAAAGUAAAAAUAAAAUCAUAGAAACAGGCAUAACAGUCCGAGCUUCUGCAGUGACGAGCAUCGUGUGGAGCUACAGGUGUACAGGUGCUAAGGAGGCAGAACAGCUGUAACCAUGAGGGAAAUUGUGCACGUGCAGGCGGGGCAGUGCGGCAACCAGAUCGGCUCCAAGUUCUGGGAGAUCAUCAGCGACGAGCACGGGAUAGACCCCUCGGGCGUGUACAGGGGCACGGCGGACAUCCAGCUCGAGCGAAUUUCAGUCUACUACAAUGAAGCCACAGGAGGCCGCUACGUCCCCCGCUCCGUUCUGGUGGACCUGGAGCCUGGCACCAUGGACGCCGUGCGCUCCUCACGCUACGGCUCCCUCUUCAAGCCAGACAACUUCGUCUUCGGUCAGAGCGGCGCCGGAAACAACUGGGCCAAAGGACACUACACCGAGGGCGCCGAGCUCGUCGACUCCGUGCUCGACGGAAUCAGGAAGGAAUGCGAGAGCUGCGACUGCCUGCAGGGGUUCCAGCUGGCACACUCGCUGGGCGGCGGGACGGGGUCUGGCAUGGGCACGCUGCUCAUCUCGAAGAUCAGGGAGGAAUUCCCUGACCGCAUUAUGAACACCUUCUCCGUCGUACCCAGCCCGAAGGUAUCCGACACGGUCGUGGAGCCCUACAACGCGACGCUCUCGGUGCACCAGCUGGUCGAGAACACGGACGAGACCUACUGCAUUGACAACGAGGCCCUCUACGAGAUCUGCUUCAGGACGCUCAAGCUGGCCACGCCCACCUACGGCGACCUCAACCACCUGGUCUCGCUCACGAUGUCCGGCGUCACCACCUGUCUCAGGUUCCCCGGCCAGCUGAACGCCGACCUGAGGAAGCUGGCGGUGAACAUGGUGCCGUUCCCGCGUCUUCACUUCUUCAUGCCGGGCUUCGCGCCGCUCACUUCGCGCGGCUCGCAGAACUACCGCGCGAUCUCCGUCCCCGAACUCACGCUGCAGAUGUUCGACGCCAAGAACAUGAUGUGCGCCUGCGACCCGCGCCACGGCAGGUACCUGACGGUGGCGGCAGUGUUCCGGGGCCGGAUGUCGAUGCGGGAGGUCGAUGAACAGAUGCUGAACGUGCAGAACAAGAACACCGCGUUCUUCGUCGAGUGGAUUCCCAACAACGUUAAGACGGCCGUGUGUGACAUUCCUCCCAGGGGCCUCAAGAUGGCGGGGACGUUCAUUGGUAACACAACCGCUAUUCAGGAGCUGUUUAGGCGCAUUUCUGACCAGUUUUCCGCUAUGUUCCGACGCAAGGCUUUCUUACACUGGUACACCGGGGAAGGCAUGGACGAAAUGGAAUUCACGGAAGCGGAAUCCAAUAUGAACGAUUUGGUAUCGGAGUACCAGCAGUAUCAGGAGGCCUUAGCUGACGACGACGACUACGAGGACGAAGAGGAGCCCGAACACGAGCAGUAGCUAUUCAAAGGCAAACGCAAGAAAAUCGCCUUUAUGAACGAUUUUUUUCUAUAAUGACGACACGACUAUUGUCGACAGCUAUGCGAACGGAGGACAAAAUGCGGUGGGAUCGAAGCCGAAGCCUGAGCCAUCAAAGGGCGUUCGAACAUAGAUAUAAAUAGACUAUAUAAGAAAUUCGAUGAGAUUUCUUUAAAGUUUUUUUUAUUAUCAAUAGAGACAAAUCAUGGAGAUGGAAGAAUUCUCGCAAAGGAAAAUAUGAAUACGAUAUUCAAGCUUUGCAAUCAUUUACAGAAAUACAAAAUAUGAUUAUAUAUAUUUUUAAUAAGAAUAAGGUAUAACGGAAACGAGAUAAAAAGUAAACAAUAAUUAUAUCUUGUCGAUUUGUGAUGAAAUAAUUAUACACACAAACAUACACACACACGCAUACCACAGUACACAUACACACACUACACAUACACAUACUACACAUAAACAUACUACACAUACACAUACACAUACACAUGCACAUAUACAGAUACACACACACACACAUAUAUACAUAUA